CGAGCACCUGCACAAAGAAAUACACUUCAACAAAUUUGAGUUAUAUUUUGAUCACCAAGUUAUUAUAAUGGGCAUACAGAAGGCUGUAUUAACACAGAUGAUCCAAGACUCUGUUCUUAAACUCUGUACGCAACAUAUGAUAUUUGACCACUCACUGGAGAUAGAUGGCAUCAUAUGUAUUAGCCCAGGUGACGAGAGCAAGGAGCUUGUCGUAAAAAUGCAUCGCACGAUAAUGAAGCCCACAAGCCAGGAAGAGCAAUUGCAUAAUCCGUCAACAUCCUGGCAAGAUAGUAGUCUCAAU